ACGUUCAUGUAUCCUCGGUUUGCGAAGCACGAUGCAGGCGCUUGAGGUUGCUUGACGACUCCCUUUACAACCCUCGACGAGAUGUGGAUAGUACCACUGAGAGGAGACAGGUUGGUGUGGGCUAUCACAGCAUGUUGUUGUACUGGCUUCUUGCUUCAAGGGUACGACCAGGGAGUCAUGUCAGGCAUCAUUGGGGCAAACAACCAGUUUGGAAAGGACUUUGGGGAGCCUAACCCUACUGAACAGGGUCUCAUCGUCGCAAUAUACGAUAUCGGUUGCGCGGUCGGCGCUCUGGUCGUGUUCUUCUUCGGUGAGGCCUUGGGUAGAAAGCGGAUGAUCAUGUCGGGGGCCAUCACCAUGCUUGUAGGCACCGCGAUCCUCACCAGCGCUACUACACGUGCUCAACUAUACGUCGGGCGCAUCGUCACCGGUAUUGGAAACGGAUUCAACUCCUCGUCCAUUCCGGUCUACCAAUCAGAAACUUGUGACGGGCUUGUCAGAGGCAUGCUUGUUUGCCUCAACUCAACCAUAACCAUCGUGGGCUUGGUGAUAGCGUACUGGCUCGACUAUGGCCUCUCGUUUGUGGAUGGCCCUAUUCAAUGGCGUCUCCCCAUAGGCUUUCAAGCGGUAUUCGCACUGGCGCUUCUGAUCCAAGUUGUGGUGCUGCCGGACUCACCAAGAUGGUUGAUUGCGCAUAAUCGACGAGACGAGGGUGCUUCUGUCCUUGCACAACUUGAGGGUCACGAAUCAAUCGACCAUCCUGAUGUCGUGUACAAGAUGAAAGAGAUCGAGGUAUCGCUGGAGCAGGAGAGUAUUGGUGGCCCAUUCAAGUAUAAAGAGUUGAUACAAGGCGGUCCGCUUGGUAACUUCCGAAGAAUGUGUUUGUGUUCUGGGAUCCAAGUCAUGCAGCAGUUUACUGGAGCGAACAUGAUUAACUACCUGGCUCCUGUCGUCUACGAGAACACUAUGGGUUUAUCGCGUAAUCUAUCCCUCAUCCUGGGUGGUGCUACCGCCAUCACUUUCAUGGUGGCGUCUUUCUUACCAAUAUGGACCGUUGACAAAUACGGCCGCCGUUCCCUGCUCAUGAUAUCCGCUGCAGGGCUGUCCCUCUGCUUUGUGCUCACGUCGAUCUUGCUGUCCACCGGAAGCACGUCGGCUGCGUAUGGCGCUACGGCGAUGGUGUUCUUGUUCCAGAUAUUCCUGGGUAUUGGCUUUUUGCCCAUUCCCUGGCUUUACCCCGCUGAGAUAUCUACAACCCGUAUCCGCGCCCGCGGCGGCUCUGUUUCUGCCUUCUCCAACUGGAUGAGCACCUUCAUCAUCGUGCAAAUCACGCCACCCACAAUCGCCAACAUUGGGUGGCGCGUCUUCGUCAUUUUCGCGAUCUUCAACGCGAUCUGGGUGCCUGUCGUGUACCUGUUCUUCCCCGAGACGAAAGGCCUUGAGCUCGAGGAUGUCGACCAUAUUUUCGAGAAGGGCGGUAUCACAGGCGGCGUGUGGGAGAGCCUGAAGGCGGGCGAGGGCGGGAGGACGGUGAGAAGGCGGAGGAUAGCGGAGGAUGUGGAGGUGAGGGAGGAGAAAGGGAAGGAGGAAGAUGUUUGA